AACGAGAGCCUCCGCUCCGACAACAAACCCACUGCCUCUCCGCCUCCCCUGCACUCUACGGGAACUCCCCGCGUUGCACUACGAGCGUCGUCGUCCUGAGUCUCUGCUGCCUCUCUUUCUCUCUGUGUGGACGUGGAGCUCCUGAGGAAGCGUCAUGAAGGUUUCUCUGCUGCUGAUCUUCGCUCUCGCGGCUCUCGCGGCGGCCGCUGAGGCGAAAAAAUGCAAGGGCGAGUGCGUGUCCGCCGGCUCGUGUGAAGGGAAGGAGACGAAGGGCGCGUGCGAAGACUCCCAGGUCUGCUGCGUGACGGAAAAGAAUGUUGGUGUCAAAAGGAACUGCAGCCCCACCAGUAACUGCAACGAAAUCAAUGGUGAAUGCAGGAACAAGAAAUGCCUUGCCGGGGAAAAGAGAUUCAAGAACAAAAAGAAGAUCUACUGUGAGGGCAAGAAGAGCUGCGUUUGCUGUGCCAGGAACUGCGAGAACAAGUCCGCGUGCAACCUUAACGGCGGGUAUUGCCAGCCCAUAGAUCUUCCUUGCGACGGCACCCUGAUGACGGAGAAGGCCUACUGCGUGAGUAACAAGAACGUGAAAGGGCACCAAGAAUGCGGCUGCUGCAUUCCAGGCGGUAAGUCAUGUUCUGGAAGGGUUCAAGUUGUAGCGACCUUUAGAGGCUGGGGGAGGGGGGGGGGGACUUGCUUUCCCUACAUAGAAAGUGGAUCAUUACAUAGUCUGGGUAAUAGGAACCUUUAAAGAUGAUAAAGAUCGUUAUAAAACCAAUGUGAAGGGAAAAGGGGGAUGUAGUUAGGACAGUGUUGUGUCAUGUUCUAUAUACGAUACUGAUAUUUUUUAGAAAACUAGAAUUCUCCCAUAACUAGCUGGCAUUUAGAUAAGUUAAUGUGAUCACUAAUGUUGAAAGCCAAAGGAAUAAGCUCAGUUCAUGCUGCACACACAUCAUCUAACGACGAAAUAUACUUUAUUUUCACAGGUACAGACUUUCGUGUUGGUGAAUGGAAAAGUGCUAUAAGUCGAUUUCUUAGACAUAUCCUGCAUCGUAGUUUUCGUAUUGUCGUUUUACUUUUGAUUUAUUCACCGGUAUUGCGAGUCUCGUCCCGAAGGCAUCAGUUCCGGCGCGUUGGCAAGGCACCGGGCGGAGGCUUCAGAGCAUGGCGCUAUUCAUCCUCGAUAUUCCGCGAGCCAGCGAGGCCCAUUCCCGAGGCAGUGACGAGAAGAGCCUACAGAUUAACAUUAGCGAAUGGCGGCAAUUUCGAUUCGUACAGCGUCCUCUUGGCCAUUUCCUUUCCCCUUUUCGAUGUGUUUAUUUGCUUUUGCUCUUGUCGGAUCCCGAUUCCAAGCAAGGGAAACUUUCACCAACCUUCUCCUUAUCUUCUGCUUCCUGCAUUUUCCUAAGCAAAAAAAAAAAAAGUAAUUCUGCCCUUUUGUUUCUGUAAACACUGCCUUUUUUCAGAUUUAUAUACAAGGAAAUACAAUGCACUAAUACUAAUUUUUAUUUCUAGUAAAGUGGUCAUACGCUUCGGAAGAGAGACAAGUGAACAAUGAAGAAGCGUCAAAAUUGGACUGGAUUCUUUUUACGAUUCUCUACUGCCAUGCCAUUCACUCUUUUAUCAUUCAUUUCACUGAUAAACGGAAUGACUAUGACGUUGGUUAUAUGCUUGCUCUAGAAAUAAAUCAAACAAAGAAAGAGAGAAAGAAUGAAAUAGCUUUUCGGCACAAUGUCAUUUCUUUACUGAUCUAUGAGUACCUGUCUUGUUUCGAUGAACCUUAUACCACGGUCAAGUAAUCUUUAAAGUGAAUCAGACACGAUGAGUACAUGAUUUGCCCGUUCCUACUUGUAGUGAUGUUGAUAUCAGACAGUUGUUGAAUAACGACUAUCUAAUAACCUUGUUCUAAUAAAUAUCCAGGUGAUAACAAGAUCUUAAAAUCUUAUGAAUUGCCGAACUAUUACCGUUAUGACAUACCCAAUUGUAAAUAAGUCAGUAAACACUCUUUCCAUUGGCCUACCUAAAUCAAAAUUAAUUGCCGGUGUUCUAAAUAUCCAUGUUAAAAAUUUCCGUUCUUAUGGCGAUAACUAGUGAGCAAAAUGUCAUUGUCCUUCUCACCACUUCCUUACUUAACAUUACAUCCAUCUCUUAUUAUCAUUAAUAUUUUCAUACUCAUGAACAAGUUAAAAUAAAUAAAAGAGGAAAAUUAA